UGAACUGACUCUCAAUCAAAUGCAAUUGAUUGGAGAUUCUCAAUCGCGCGGCCCAUCGGAGUUUACCGUUAGUUUCAGCUCCCUCACUUAGCAGGCUCAAAAAGCGCUCGCAACUACUUGCCCUUCCUCGUCUUUUCCUCUUAGUACCUACUUCACAGAUCCUGAUACUCUUCCCUAGGACCCCUUCCAUCACUUUCAUUGUCAAUUGCUCAGGCGGCGGUUCUCGCUUACUGUCAGAAGCAACAGACUUUCUUCCAUACCAUCCUAAACCUUCUGCCUCGAGUUUAUUCCGGACCUUGAUAGUCUUGCCUUUCUUCUGAGUCAUGACUUCCGUGGCUCCUCAAUCUGUCAAUGCAACUGCACCGGUACUUUCGUAUGCAGAGCGCGCUAGAAAGGGCAAAAGUGUCCAGCCAUCCACGGUUCAACGUAGCGAUCCUCCGCACAGCAACGCGGAGUCAUCGUCUAUCCCCGUGGUCAAGGUAAGAAAUGACGCCAUUUGGCCUUCUGUGGUCAGCGCGGACUUGGAUUCCGAGCUCCCUUCCGGCGUGCGCGCACCUUCCAAGGUGCCAGCUGUGAGCGCAUGGGCAACUAGGCCGCAACCCCAAAGCGGAUCUCGCGCGCCUUCUGAGUCUGCUUCCUUGAACAAUCGAUCCACCAAAGUGGCUAACAACACAACGAGCGUGUCAACUGCCUCUCUUCAAAAUGGCAAUCUCGAGACCGAAUCUUCAUUGGUGGAUACGACUGCGUGGCCGGAUGUAACUGAAUCGAUGGCGCUUACGUCGCAUAAAAAUGAAAAACAUUCUGGGGAACCGUCAGCCGCGUCUUCCCCUCAGAAAAAGGAUAAAAGGAAAUGGUUACCCGCUACAGAUAUCCAGGCUGCAUUUGAUGCCAAUCGGACCCAUAUUGGGCCUCGCAAAAAUAACUCUAAAUCCGCUUCCCACUCCCAAACCCGUUCCCAAUCUAGCACCUCCAACUCCAUGGUUCACUCCCUACGUUCCAGUCCUCGCUCACAUGACCGCAGAAAUCUGAGCGAAGAAAAUGGCCCAACAACUUCCAACUCCGACGUCUCUCAUCCAGCCCCUGCCGAUCAUAAAUUGCGUUCGCAUCCCGUCGAUUAUAUUCAUCAUCAACACCUCACGUGGAGUCAAACACCCCUUACAAUCAUCGACGGCCUUCGCCAUCCAAAUCUCAGCCGGUAGACGGUUGGACCUUCGAACAAGGAACAGCCAGCCCAAUUUUCAAACCGUUAUUUGGCUCAUUCCAAGACCGCUUAAGCGUAAAUGAAAGCCCACACCCUGCUCAGUUACAUUCGUUAGGCGAUGGUUCGUUGCCUCCGCUUGGAUCUCCUGUUUUGCGUGGCGAACAUGUCACGAAACAGAGAGGGAAGAUUGCUAUUGGUCUCGACGGCAACAACGUCUCCCAAAAUCUCCCUUCCCCGGGCCAAACUCAGUUUGAGUUUGGCCAGUUCGACCAACCCACGUCAUCGGGGGUGGACUCACGGCGUGCAUCAAGAUCCAGCGUAACUGCUGGAAGUAGCACGUACAGAGGU